AUGACGACUUAUUUUGUUCUGAGUCCCCUCACAUCCAGUGAAGGAGUUAAAAUACUACAGCCUAAACAGAGGGAGGUAUCAAGGGUAGAUAUAUACUUUAGGGAAGGACCGAACAAUUCCUCUCCUUCAGUGUUUGAUGUGUAUCUGGGAGACCGCUUCUAUAUGUUUAUUACAUACACAGGUGAACAUCAUGUCAUCAGACCAGUAGAAUGCAAGGCCUUCUCUGGCACAGUAGUAAAAGAAGGAUCAGAAAACGUGACUCUUUGGAAUACAAGUUCCUGUAACUCGACAGAGAGCAACGUCUUAAUGGACAAUUUCGAUCAGACAUCACCUCAAGUUUUACGAGCUCGACUGUAUGGAUUUCGCUUCAAAUCAAGUUCAUAUGUCACCAUAGAAUGUAUAGUUCGUAUCUGUAGACAGAAUACAAACUGUGCAGAUGAAGAGAUUUGUCAUGAAAGUAGAAAAAGGCGUCGCAGGAAGGAACCAUCAGCUCUUAGCUCGUCGUUUUUCAAGGUUCUGAAUCGGAAUAGAAUUCACAGUAGAGCUGAAACAAUCCCCGUACUUCAUCGAUUCACACUGCGCUGCAUGUUUGUACUGGCCCCUUUUAUCAAGACUCCAUAUAUUAUAUAAAAUUUAUAU